CAACUAAAGUACACAGGAAAACCAGGGGAAAUUAAAAAGUGCUUUCUGAAAAACGGACAUCAACCUGCGAACCACAUUAAUAAGAAAACAUAACGCUUAGCGGCCCAAGCUACACCCAUCCCUCCCAACCGUUUCUAAACCGGAAGCGGCAAAGUAGUCGGAAGAAACCUUCGCUUCCAGGCGUGGGGAAGUGGACCUAUUUAUAUGAUGAAUAAAAGAAAGACCAACGUUCAGCAUGCUGAAAGGCCUGCAAAAGCCCGCAGGAUAGAGGGCACGGCAAACGGGCUUGAGGAUGAGGACAUGGACGAGGAAGCAGGCUUUUAUCCGGAGCAUCAUUUCACUACCUCGAGUGCUGGAGAUAUUGGUGUUAUUGAGAGCAUCACGUUGAAGAAUUUCAUGAGUCAUCACUUGCUUGGCCCUUUUCAGUUUGGACCGAAUGUUAAUUUUAUUGUUGGAAAUAAUGGAAGUGGGAAGAGCGCUAUUCUCACUGCGCUCAUUGUUGGCUUGGGUGGCAAAGCCACUACAACCAACAGAGGAGCCUCUUUGAAAAGUUUUGUGAAAUAUGGAGAAAGCUCUGCAGAAGUUACAGUAAAAUUGAAAAACAGAGGAAGCGAUGCUUAUAAAGGUGAUGUCUAUGGGGAUUACAUCUCUGUCGAGCAAAGGAUCACCAGUGAUGGUUGCAGGACAAGCAAGAUUAAGAACAAAUCUGGGCAUAUUGUCUCCACUAAGAAGGAAGAGUUAACAGCAAUACUGGACCAUUUCAACAUACAGGUUGACAACCCAGUCUCAAUCUUAAAUCAGGAAAUGAGUAAACAAUUCAUUCAUUCAAAAAGCGAAGCAGAUAAGUACAAGUUUUUCAUGAAGGCCACUCUACUAGAGCAGAUGAAGCGAGACUACUUUCACAUCAAGCAGACCAAAGCUCUGACACGGGAUCAAGUAGAAAGGCAGGAGGAGUGUCUGCGAGAUCUCAGACAGUUGUUUCUACAAAAGAAAGAAAAGUAUGAAAGUUUAGCAACACUUGAGAAAGUGAGGCAAUCUCUGGAAGAGCUACAGAAGAUGAUGGCGUGGGCAAUGGUGGGAGAAAAGGAGAGAGAAGUGCAACAGCUGAAGGAUCAAAUUGAUAAAGUACAGAAUGAUGAACGUAACGAACAGAAGCUGCAGCUCUGUCGGAGUAAAGUUAGUGCUACUGAAAAGAAAUUGCAGGAUAUCCAACAGAAGCUUGGAAAAAUAAAAGAGGAGGAUGAAUGUUUGGUGGAGGAAUGUCGAAAACUGAAAGAAGAGGCAAAGCUCAAAAGUAAAGACCAGAAGAACCAGGAAGUGGUUUACUUUCGUGCUGAGAACAAAUUAAAACAAUUAGAAAAAGAGCAAUGCCUUCUUCGUGAGAGAAUUAAUAAAAUAAAUAAUAGUAAUGGGAGAAGGAAUCAUGAAGCAGAGCAGACACAGCAGAUGAAGAAAAUAUCUGCUAUGAAGAAGCAGCUGGAAAAACUUGAGACAGAGUCUACAACCCUUAAUCAAGAAAUUAAGGACAAACAGCAGGCCCUUUUCAAAGGAAGGGAAGAAUAUGACAAGCUAAGCAUGGAAGAAAAAAACAUCCAGGUCUCUCUGGAGUCCAAACUGAAGAGAAAGAACCAACUGACAGCCAGCAGAUCCAACAGACUAAGACGAUUUGGUGAUCGAAUGCCAGAACUAAUGGAAUCGAUAGACAAAGCAUAUGCUCAAGGACGCUUUAUUAAGAAACCUGUGGGGCCAAUAGGUGCAUGCAUCAGACUUCAGGAUCCAAGUCUAGCUGUGGCUGUGGAAAGCUGCUUAAGGAGUUUCAUGAAAACGUUUUGCUGUGACAAUUACAAGGAUGAAAGGGUCUUACAGGAGCUGAUGUCUCCGCAUUUUCCUAAAAGCAGCCGACCCCAGAUUGUGGUGUGUUCUUUCUCAGACCAAGUCUACAACGUUCAACACCGAGCUGUACGUCAUCCCGAGUUUCCAUCAGUUUUGGACUCUCUCAUCAUUGAAAAUCCUGUAAUCGUUAAUUGUUUAAUAGACAUGCGGAGCAUCGAGUGUAUUCUUAUAAUCAAAGAGAAUGCUGUUGCCAGAAGAGUCAUGCAAAUGCAGAGGCCCCCUGUAAAUUGUCGUGAGGCCUUCACUGCUGAUGGUGAUCAGGUUUUUACCAAUCGCUAUUAUACCCCUGAACAAGAAGUUAUGGUUAAAUACCUCGGUGGGGAUCCAGAGGCAGAAAUUCGUCUGGUGCAGUCAGAGGUGGAAAAUCAUCAAGCACAGCUCAACAGAUUUCAACUUCAUUUAAACUCGGUGAGGCAGGACAUUCAUUCCAUGGAAGAAAAGCUGCGCAGUGCAAAAAUAGCAUGCAAAAAAAAUCAGGAAAGUAUCAAUAGAGUUAAAGCAUCAAUAAUCGAGCUAGAGAAUGUUGAGGAGACACAGGCUGAGGACGUCAGUUCACUGGAAGAAGAAGGUCAAGAAAAUGAGCAGAAGAUUGAGCUAGAGAGAAAAAAUGUAAAAGAAGCAAAACGUGAACUGGACAAGCAUAAUAAGGCAAUCACAGACAUUGAUCGGAAAUACAUGGAUGUGAAAAACAAGAGAGAGCAGCUCUCAGAUGAAAGUGAUCAAAUGAAGGAGGAGCAAGGGAAAGCUGAGGCCGAACGCAAUAAACUGGAACAGACCUUCAAGAUCCUGGAAGGGAAGGUCAAGACACAUCAGGACAAUAUAAAGGUCAUGAGAGAAAACCUCACUUGCAAAGAAAAGGAAAAACAGGACAUUGAAGCACAAGCCAAAGAAAUCUGCCCUGUUUCUCAACGUCCAGAUCGAAGUGCCAAGAGCAUCGACACAGAGAUCACACGUCUGCGCCUGAAGAUCAGCUCACAAGAGAGCACCCAUGGCAAUCAGGAACAAGUGAUCAGGGAGUAUGCUGAGGCCCAUAGUAAUUAUAAAAACAAAUCCAGUCAGCUGAGAGAUCUGAAGAAGUUUAUUGAUCGUCUGGACAACAUCAUGACUGACAGGCAGGCUCGAUACAAAACCCUGAGAAGAUCCCUCUCAGUGAGAUGCAAGUUAUACUUCAACAAUUUCCUCAUCAAACUGAACUGCUGCGGGUCCAUGAUGUUUGAUCACAACAAUGAAACUCUUUCCAUUUCAGUGAAGCCACCAGGUCAGGAGAAUGACAAAAUUAAUGACAUGCGCUCUCUGUCUGGAGGCGAGCGCUCCUUUUCCACAGUUUGCUUUAUUCUUUCCUUGUGGGAGAUCACAGAAUCCCCAUUUAGAUGCCUGGAUGAGUUUGAUGUGUACAUGGACAUGCACAACCGACGGAUCUCACUGGACCUGCUUCUUGAGCUCUCUGAGCGUCAGCAUCUCCGACAGUUCAUCUUCAUCACUCCUUUAUCCACCAGCCAUCUGCCUAAGAGUAAUCAUAUUAAAAUCCACCAAUUGCAAGAUCCAGACAGAGAAACAGAGACAUCAGAUGGGUGAGGGGACAUGUCACAGAAACCAAGAAGGGAGUGAAUUCUUACUUUGUUGAGAAUAUAUAUAUAUAUAUAUAUAUAUAUUUUAAAUGUUUAUCCAUUUAGUUUUAUUUGGGUUUUAAUAUGCAUUUACUGUUUUAUAGAAAAGUUGUAUUUGAAACUGCUUUAAUAAAAGUCAUUUUUUUUAAAUGCUGAAAAAUUGCUGAAGUAGCAAUAUUACAGUUAUAAAUGGGCCAAUUAAUUCAAUGUUAGUAUCCCAUUUUUUUGCAGUUGUACUGUGUACUUUUUUGUUUGUUUGUUUUAUUUAUAAAUACAAAACUUAAUCACACACUAUAUAGUGAAAACAGCCCAUAGACAGUUUAUUGAUUGGAAUCACACAAUGUUGUCAGCGCAACCAUUACAUAGUGUGUUUAAGACAUGCCACAAAUAAAACACAAACAACAUACUUCACAAUAAAAUUUAAAUCUGAUCAUUCAUUUUUCAUGUUAGGUACAGAUAUUUACAUGGAAAAGAUAUACACUGGAAUUUUGGGAUUUACAAACACAUUAUUAUUGUUAUUUUCUACAAGGAGGUUCGGAGAUAAAACUGCGUAGCAUCCUGAGCCUUAUAGAACAUGCAUUUACUUGAUGCUUUCUUUUUUGUGGAAAGCAAGAAAACAGCAACACCAUAUUUUCCAGUUGUGCAAACAAAAAGCAGGAAAGAUAUUUAUCAUUACUGAUAUCUGUUGGAUAAUACAUUCCAAAUGUUUUGGGGUUCUUACAGUUGAUGUUGUAGGGGAACUUUUUUAGUGUGAGAUGAGACUAUUCAAUAUUUAUGGCAUGCACCAUAUCAAAUGCCUCAGCCCAUAACCUUAUUUACAGAUAAAGCACAUUUUUCUAAGCAAGAUACCUUGCAGUUGUCACUUAUUCUGUGUAUGUGAGGAACUAUAAGUUUGUUUUAGGUGGUAAAAUUAAGUUGUGGCUCAGCUCACUUGCAAAAUUCAUAAUUCUCCUUCAUAAGAUGCCUUAUUUUUUUACUGUAUAAACAAUAUUACUUGAAAUGUCAACAGUGUAGAAAUAUUUUACAAAAAAAAAGCAGUUUAAUAAAAACAUCAUUUCGAGUGAA